AUGAUUUGUGCAUUGGCGUUUAUACGCGGUUUUUACGCCAGUACCUCAUUCAUACAACACGUUUAUUUGUGUGUUAUUGGUUACGUGCUUAUAAUGCCACAAGCGGUACAUUUGCUGAAUCCACAAGCAGGUUGGGCUCGAAAAGUAAAAUAUGAGCAACGAAAAAUGAUACACUGGUGUCUGCAAAUUGUUGGAACCAUUUUGGUGUCCAUCGGCAGUGUCAUAAGAAUGAUGGAUGUGACGAGUAAUUUUGCUUCGGUACAUGGUAUCUUGGGUAUAUUAGCGUUUCUAUGUACGAUAAUCAACAUGUUUGGAGGUAUCGUACACGCUAAUUCAUCAAGAUUAAACCUUAAUAUCACUUUUGUUAAAAUAACUCACUCUUUCCUUGGAUAUAGAUUUAGUAAUAUCGCUAUAGGUUUCACAGUUAUUGGUUUAGUUGGUACAUUGGUAUCUCCAUGCGUGCAUGUAGUUAAACGAUUAAAGCUUAUUAAGUAA